AUGAUUCCAUCACUUGUUAAUCUUGCAGCUCAUGUAUUAGGAAAACAUUUUCUAUCAAUUGAAAGUUUACGUUAUAUACCAGAUGAAUUAGUUGAAAUUAUAUUUGAUGGAUAUUUAAAAACAUUAUCAUCAAUAUCAGUUAUUAAUGAAAAUGAUCUUAUACGAAUAGUUCAAAUAUUAACAAAUUAUCAUGCAGAUUUAUUUUGUACAAGUUUUUGUUAUUCAAUAACAAAUCAUUUAAAUUUAUUAACAACAAAUUUUUAUUUUCAUUUAUUUCAACGUGUACAUUCAAAUAUAAUUGAACUUGAUUUUUCAAAUGCAUUCGAAAAAUAUACGCAUGAAGAAAAAGGAAAAUUUCUAAAUAUUAUUGGACAAAUGGAAAAUAUUGAAUAUUUAAGAUUAACUCAUAAUCAAUUAGAUGAUGAAGAUAUUCGAUUAUUAACAGCUAAUAAUCGAAUACAAAGUACAGCUUUAUGUAAUUUACAUCAUUUACAUUUACAAGGAAAUAAUCUAACACAUCGUUCGGCUCGAUUUCUCAAAGCAUUAACGGCACUUGAUACUCUCUCUAUCUCGUUAUUUUCUGUUCAUAAAAAAUCAUUAUUUAUUAAAGAAUUCGAAAAUCUUUAUGAAUGUACUUGUUCAAUACAACAUAACGGAGAAGAAAUAAUUAAUCGUGGAUGGAUUGCAAAAAUUUCUCAGUUACAAGCCUCAACAACAGCCAAUGAUAAUAGUUUUUAUCGAAAACGUCGUCGUGUAGAUAAUGAUAUUACAGUACCAAUAAUAAAACUUGUUCGAUAUUGUUCAACAUGUCAACCAAUUCUUUCAUUGAAAUCAAUUAAAAAACAGGAGAAAACUAAUUCUAAUCCUAUAGGAUAUAUAGAUUCGACACAAGCAAAUGAUCUCUUAUCAUGUUACUUAUAA